CUAGGAAUGCAAACGGGACACCCCAUAUCCAUCUUCCUUCGUUGCGGAAACACAGAUUAGGGUUUUGGCUUUCAUUGCCUCCAACAAAACCCACCGCAAGAGGAGAUAGAUCAAGUCCAUAGAUACCUCCAGAGAUCUAAAUAGUGAAAUGGUGAGUUCUCAAGAAGUGGAUGCCAGUAUUUGCAGCGGUGAUGAAACCCUUAUCUCUAUCUCUCUUUCCUAAGCGUGGUCGCCGGCACUUGCAGAGAUGGCUUUAUUCCGAUUUGUUCCCAAGCAAACAGAGACAAAUGGAGAUAAAAUAGAAAACAAAAAGAUAACGGAAUUAAGUAUCCGUUAAUAAGUAGGACACAUGGCAUAAAGAAACCGUAUGUCCAGUGUAAAUCCUCUGCACGUACGUGCUGAAGAUCCGGACCCUUUUGAAAGUGUCGUCGAGGGGAAGAGAAAAACGCGGGGAAACGGCUAAAAUCAUUUGGGUCAUGUCACCUCAAUCACUUACUAUCAUCUCCUUCUGUCUUUGCUUUGGAGACUCGAAUUCUCGGACAAGUUACAGAGAUACAGAGAGAUGGGGAAUUCUCUGGGGGAUUUUAUGGGCAAGGAAGAACCACCACCGCCUGUGGUAUUGGUUCCACCUCUGUUUGAUUUCCCUCCAUUGGCUGCACGUUCCAGGAUGUUGGAAUCAUCAUAUGACAUGUUAUUUGGAAAGCUUGCAUUGAAAUGCCUUUUUGAGGACUACUUUGAACAAGCGGGGCAUUUUAGCUCGAGAAUUAUGUUAAAGCCAAUGGAUGACCCUAAUGUAGAUCUGGUUGCAACUAUUUCAGGUCCACUUGAUCAUAAGGCUGAAGAGAAAAUUAUGGGAAAUGCUUUGUUUCGGUGGCAAAGGGACAUUGAUGAUCCUCAUACAUUCAUGGAUUUCUUUGUAUCAACUUCCCAACCGAUUUUGCGCAUGAGGUCAUGCGUUUAUUAUCCCAAAUAUGGAUUCGGUGCAUUUGGCAUUUUUCCGCUAUUAAUAGAUAGAAGGGUAUUUUCUGAAGAUUAUGGUGUUAUGGGCUUGAGAUACGGCUCAGCAAAUUUAUCUUUUGGAGCCACAAUGAUCCCCUACUCUUUGGGAGAUGAGUUUCCAAGAAGUGCUUGGUUGGUUAGCCGAAUGGGAAGGUUAACUGCAGGGGCUCGAUACAAGCCACAGUUGGGAAACAAAGAUGGGGCAAGCUUUAACAACUUGAAGAAUUGGAGCUGUGCAAUUGGCUAUGGAUUAGGGUCUACUUGUCCUUUGAGCCCGUCGUUCAAUUUUGGUCUUGAACUUGCUAGAAAUUCCCAGAUGAUUGCUUCUUUCUAUCAGCAUAUUGUGGUUCAGAGACGGGUAAAGAAUCCAUUUGAAGAAGAUGUAGUAGUUGGAAUUACAAACUAUAUUGACUUUGGCUUUGAGUUAGAGACAAGGAUUGAUGGAGCUGAAUCAUCAAGUAAUGCCCAAGAUGCCACGUUUCAAGUAGCUGCUUCUUGGCAAGCAAAUAAAAACUUUUUGGUUAAGGGAAAGUUGGGUCCUAUUAGAUCCUCGAUAGCUUUGGUAUUCAAGUCAUGGUGGAAACCUUCCUUCACGUCCAACAUUUCAGUUGUAAGGGAUCGUAGGCUGGGUAAAACUUCCUUGGGAUUUGGAAUCCAUAUUGAGGAUCUUCGAGAAGCCAGCUAUCAAAGAGCUGGUCCAAAUUAUGUAAUGUUGACACCAAACAAGGAGCACUUGGCACAAGGUGUUAUUUGGAAAAUGGGGAAGAGGCCAAUGCUACAAUCAGAUGUAGACUCUGGGAAUUUUGACAAUUUACCGAGGGAAUUGAGACCCAUUGGUAGAAUUUUGUAAUUUUCUGUUUUCUUUCAUAUUCUCCAAGCCGGCCACACAAUUUCUAUAAAACAUUUACUGGUGAGAGGUGGAGCAUUCUAAGUCUACGACAUUAGCAACUUUUGUAACUUGCUGGUCAGAGCAGUCUGAGUAAAACUAAAACACUGGCAUAGAAGUGUUCAUUUUGUCUCUGGACAUGAUAAAUGGUUCAACCUUUUUUAACAGUCGAUAGGUGUAGGUGGUAUCUGUUGUCCUCUUAAGAUGUACUGGCGGGAUGUUCUGCCAAUUUUGGAUUAUGGAGUUCUCAAAUGUAAACAUAACGCAACCACAAGACGUUGGGGAUAAAGAGAAGGACAUCGUCCCCCAUUUGCACUUUAUGCAUUGUAUCAAUUAUUUAUUUAUUCACAUUUUUUGAAUAACAGGGUUUCAAUACUCAUA